CGCCGGGGGCGGGGCUGAGCGCGGGCGGCUGGGCUCGGGCUCGGCUCCCGCGGAGGCUCCGGCUCCGGCCCUGCACCUGCGACGCUGGGCUCCGCUGUCCUCCGCUGCCCGAAGCCGCGGCCCCAUGGCCCCGUCCCGGCUGCAGCUCCGCCUCCGCGCCGCCUACUCCGGCAUCAGCUCGCUGGCCGGCUUCUCCAUCUUCUUCGUCUGGACGGUGGUCUACCGACAGCCCGGGACUGCGGCGAUGGGGGGCCUCGCAGGUGUGCUGGCACUCUGGGUCCUGGUGACCCAUGUGAUGUACAUGCAGGACUAUUGGAGGACCUGGCUCAAGGGGCUGCGUGGCUUCUUCUUCGUGGGCAUUCUCUUCUCAGUGGUCUCCAUCGCCACCUUCUGCACCUUCCUUGCCUUGGCCAUCACCCAGCACCAGAGCCUCAAGGACCCCGUCAGUUACUACCUCUCCUGCGUCUGGAGCUUCAUCUCCUUCAAGUGGGCCUUCCUGCUCAGCCUCUAUGCCCACCGAUACCGGGCUGACUUUGCUGACAUCAGCAUCCUCAGCGAUUUCUGACCCAGGGAAUGAGGUCACUGUGACCUAGGGGCCCUUGGACCUGGACUCAGCCUCUGAAUCAUCAAGUGAGUCCGCCCCAAGCUCUGGGGACUCCAGAACUAUGUCAGAAGAUAUACAACAGGACCAGUGCAAUUUCCUAGAAAGCUGUCUGGUCCCCUUUGGAGGAGACCUGGUACCACCUGGGUCCUGCCGAGCUGCCCAUUGGCCUGGCUGGAGGGCAGUUUAGACUGUUCCAAAUGCAUCUAUUUUCUUAGCACUCUGAGGAAUCUUUGUAAGUAGAGCCAGGGCAAUGAACUCAAGAGGUCAAGGGAUAGGAUUGUGAUUAUCUAGACCUAUGUCUACUGGCAGGGAUCCAGGACAGGCUGGGUCCCGGUUGCCCCAGGCCUUCUUCUAGGGCUGGGGUAGGUACCUGGGGUCAGAACAAAUAAGGAAUCUCAAGCAGAGAUUUCCCAACCCCAGCCCAGUACUCCUCUUGUUGCCCCUAGGGUCAGGUAGCCAAAUUCAUCAGUCACUAGGGAAGUGACAAUUAGCUCUUUCCCCAAGACAGGGGAGUUGAAUAGAGUUCCAUGUCCCUCCUCCUAAGUUCCCAUCCAAAGCUGGUCUCCCCUGAGGGUGCUAGAGCCAGCCAACCAUUCCUAUGUUGACACAUGCACACACGACCAUACCAGAACAGGACUUACAGGAUGAGGCCAGACUGAGGAUCACAGGGAAUGCUCCCGGAAAGGCUUUGGGUUAGGGGGUAACGUGUAGGGGCUGAAGGGAGCCCCAUACCUGUACUCCUGAGUCUCCAGCCUUGCACUCCCAUCUACCCCUUAUUACACCAGAUCACCCCAGCCAUGAGACACCUCCUCCCCACAUUGGCCGGCCCAUUCACUGCCCUUCCACUUGAACAUUUAUCUUUUUCAUCUCCCUCCUGAAGGCCAGCCUGGCGUGAGCUGUUCUGUGUGUACACUGGCCUCACCUAACUCGGGAGGGAGAAAAGGGGUUAUGUCACAUGUUCUUUUGUGUCACGUGUCUUCUUCUCCACCUGUGUCCUGCACCCAGCUCUCUGCCUUAUCUGUGUCACUGUCACUUCCACAGAAAUAUAGCAGCCAUUUGUAUCAGC